AUGCAGCACUACGGCGUGAACGGCUACUCGCUGCAUGCCAUGAACUCCCUGAGCGCCAUGUACAACCUUCACCAGCAGGCGGCGCAACAGGCGCAGCACGCUCCCGACUACAGGCCCUCCGUGCACGCGCUCACCUUGGCGGAGAGACUCGCCGGCUGCGCAUUUCAAGACAUCAUCCUGGAGGCUCGUUACGGCUCUCAGCACCGCAAACAGCGUCGGAGCCGCACGGCCUUCACCGCCCAGCAGCUGGAGGCCCUGGAGAAGACCUUCCAGAAGACGCACUACCCCGACGUUGUGAUGAGGGAGCGGCUGGCCAUGUGCACUAACCUGCCCGAAGCUCGUGUGCAGGUUUGGUUCAAGAACCGCAGAGCCAAGUUCCGUAAGAAGCAACGCAGCCUCCAGAAGGAACAACUGCAGAAACAGAAGGAGACAAGCGCUGAAGGAGGGGCCGAGAAGGAGGCCACCACCGCAGGCUCCGCCACCGUCAUCCCAGACUCCCACUUACCUCCGUCCACCUCCGCCUCUCUGGAGACAGAGUGUCCGACUGUCCCGCUGGACAUGGAACUUAAUGUCACGUCGGCAGAGCAGUCUGGCAGCGAGUCUGCAGCGGAGGAUAAUGGCACGGAUAAGGAGGAAGACAGUAAAUGUCAACGAGAGGAGAUGGAGAGUGAGAGAGCGGGGACACCGGGAGAUGUUUCUUCACCUUGCAGAAGACUCAGCCCUAAACCAGACUCUCCUCUGGUCUCUCCAUCCGUUACUCCUUCCUCGUCAAGCAGUGGCAUGGGCGGCGCCGGCGGUCCCCUCUCCCAGAACCACUCAUACUCCUCAUCCCCCCUCAGCUUGUUUCGCCUGCAGGAGCAGUUCCGCCAGCAUAUGGCUGCCACCAACAACCUGGUGCACUACCCUGCUUUCGACCUGGCCGCCCCCUCUUCCCUGCCCUACCUGGGAAUGAAUGUCAACAUGCCCCCAGCACCGCUGGGCAGCUUGCCGUGCCAGUCUUACUACCAGUCGCUGUCCCAUCACGCCCAGCAGGUGUGGAAUAGCCCGCUUCUGCAGGCGUCGACUGCGGGCGGACUGAGCAACCACAACAGCAAGACCACCAGCAUCGAGAACCUGCGGUUGAGGGCCAAACAGCACGCAGCCUCCUUGGGAUUGGACACCUUGUCUAACUAA